UUACUUAUCUAUCAGACAUAUAUAUAUAUAUAUAGUAUGUCUGUCUGUUGCCGUAGUAUGGGCCCGUGGCCGAGUUUUUCCAAUACCUCUGACUCUCAUAGAUUAUGAGAGCUUUCAGUUUUCGGUGUGCUCCUUGCAGUUCGGUUACUGUCAUCGUCAUCCCCUGCUGCUUAGUCACAUUUACUUAUACAUACAUAAGUCGCCGAAGUAAAGUGUUUUAUAAAAAAAAGACAAACACAUAAUGAAAACGCAGUUUAAAUAUAUAUAUAAUAAACCAUGAAGCAUUAAACUAUUGUUUCCAUAUUUGUGCCUAAAAUAUAAAUCUCAUGAGCUAAUGCGUAUUAGUAUAGUUGAAAAUCCUCAAUUUUUUAAAGGAUUACAUAUUUAUAUGAAAACAUUUAAAAGAUAUGGCGAGCAUAAUAUUAAUAGCUUGCCUAGCUAUAUUGGGUCUAAUCAUUGCGAUAGCGCUAUUUUUAGCCGGCGGAUAUCUGUGGUGGCGGCACAAAAGGUCACAAUUACAAUUUAUUGAACCAAACGAAGAUGAGGAAUCAAGUAGUUAUAGUUUGAGAGCUGCGCAGGACAUUGUGGACUCUGGGAAUCCGCCAAGCAAACCUCAAGUGCCAGUUGCCAGUGCCCCGGCCAUUACGAAUCCUAUACAAAAUAAUAUCAAUCGAAAAUUGAAUGGCUUUUUAAACCUCAGAACGCCUCUCAUUGGGAGCGGCUCGUUGCCUACACCGACAAAAAAAUCAAAUACUUCCACAGGAUCAAGUGCAAAUGAUGGUACAUCUAAGGAUACAGCGAACAAAAGCAUUUCAAUGACCGAUAUGUACCUCGACACAGAUUCAAGUGAAAACGUUGGACAAAUACAUUUCUCAUUGGAAUAUGAUUUUCAAAAUACGACCCUAAUACUAAAGGUUCUUCAGGGCAAGGAGCUACCGGCAAAAGAUCUAAGUGGAACCUCCGAUCCGUAUGUUCGAGUCACAUUAUUGCCAGAUAAAAAGCAUCGCCUCGAAACCAAAAUCAAACGAAGAACUUUGAAUCCUCGAUGGAAUGAAACAUUUUAUUUUGAAGGCUUUCCAAUACAAAAGCUUCAGUCGCGUGUACUUCAUUUGCAUGUCUUUGAUUAUGACCGUUUUUCAAGAGACGAUUCUAUUGGUGAAGUAUUUUUGCCGUUGUGUCAGGUUGACUUUGCUAGCAAGCAAUCAUUUUGGAAGGCUUUAAAGCCGCCGGCAAAAGAUAAAUGUGGUGAACUUUUAUCUUCGCUGUGCUAUCAUCCAUCAAAUUCGAUUUUAACAUUGACAUUGAUUAAAGCGAGGAAUUUAAAAGCCAAGGAUAUCAACGGAAAGUCAGAUCCUUAUGUAAAGGUUUGGCUACAAUUUGGAGAUAAGCGCGUCGAAAAGAGAAAAACACCUAUAUUCACCUGUACGUUAAAUCCGGUUUUCAACGAAUCAUUCAGUUUUAACGUGCCAUGGGAAAAGAUACGCGAAUGUUCUUUGGAUGUCAUGGUUAUGGAUUUCGAUAAUAUCGGACGAAACGAGCUGAUCGGUCGAAUAUUAUUAGCUGGUAAAAACGGCUCUGGCGCCUCGGAGACGAAGCAUUGGCAGGAUAUGAUCUCGAAACCCAAACAAACUGUGGUCCAGUGGCAUCGCUUGAAACCAGAAUAAUGCAAAUAAUGCAGUAAACGAAAUUAAUAUCGUACAUAUACAUAUAUAUGCAUAUAUGCAUAUAUAUAUUCAAGUUUGAUUAUUAAAUAACUUUAAACACGAUUUAGCAGUAUUUAAACAGGCUGCAUACUGGCUAAGGCAAAAGCAUAGCACAGUUUGCGUAUAUUAUACUUUAAAAGCCAUUCAACCAAGAUUAACAAAAAUGAAAAUUAAAACUAAUAAAACAAAAUGAGCACAGCAAUAGAUUAUCAUAUUGCUCCAAUUUGUGCUUAUACACAUAUUAUGCAAUUGAGCUCUAUAUUAUUCAUCAUGCCUGAUUAAGCUGAAGCUGAAUGAUGGGCAACUUCAAAUAGAUACUCUUGUAUAAUCAGUCGAAAAUAUACACACACAUAUAUAUAAAAAGGAAGAAAAGAAAGGAACAAGAGUGCGAUACAAGGAUAUUGUAUUGUAUAUUGUGUAUAAAAUGUUGCUGUUUACAAGUAUUUCCCCGAAAAGCUUUAAACAUUUUUUGCAGUUAGUUCUUAGCUAUCAGCUUUAUAUCUAGAUCAGAUUCUUAGAAAUUUAAAAAAUAUGUUAUUGGAUUGUUUGAGAAACUCUCCUUCGUUACUGAUUUCAAUCGAAAUUAAGAAAAAAGCAAAAAAAAAAAAAGUCUAUUUAACCAAAAAAUGGCGGCGAUUCAAUUGAUUUUUAACAUAUACAAACACAUUAUUCAUUAGCAUAAAUUUAUUGGCUAACAACUCUUAGAAUACUGCAACUAAACCUAAACCAACUUGUAUGGGAAAAAGUUAAAUCACACACUUAAAUAUAUGUACAUAAUGAAAGUUAAUUGUUAUUAUUAGAUUCUAAUAUUAACUCGUAAAACGACAUUGUUACAAGUUACUUAAAAUGCGAAUUGUUGUUUCUUUUACAAUAAAAGAAAGUAAAAGCGAAAAAGUGAAAAUGAAAAUGAAAAUGACAUGUUAAUCUUAAAUACAAUAUACAUAGUUUAAACUAAAACUAUUUAGAAUUAUUUAGGCUGUAGGUAAUAACAUAUUUUUAUUAGCAAAAGCCGAUAAGAAAAUAACAUUGAUUAAUUCAAAUAGUAACUGUAAAGAAAUUAGCCAACCAUUGCCGGAACAAGCGUCUACUGACAUCAAGUGCAAACAUAAAAAUAAUGAGAUUGAAGUUAAGAGUUAAACAAAAUGAAAUGAAAUGACAUGAAAUGAAAUGAAAUGACAUGAAAUGAAAUAAAAUGAAUUAUAAUUGAUGAAGAGAAACUGAGUUUAAAAAACGAAAAAUCGAAAAUUCAACCCACCUUGAAAUUACAUAUUUGUUAUAUACCUGUUAAAAUAUUAUUAAAAAUCAAUUUAUGAUAAUUAAAUUGCUGCAAAUAAAGCAUUUUUAACCUAGAC